AUGGAGGUAGAGAGAGAUGAUUCAAGCUCUGAUAAAGGUGUAGGAGCUGGAUCCAAAUAUAAAAAGAAGUGCUCAGCUCCUUCUUCUUCUUCUUCUUCCAAGAAGUCUGUCUCAAAAUCUAGCCAGAAGGCCCUUACCAAAACUGACGAAAACUGGCCAAAGGAUAUACCAUCAGACUGUGAGUUUUGUCUGAUGGAUUGCGGUGACAAACUCAGAGCUGCCAUGCAUCAAGGACAAUUUCAUAUAUGUUGGGCUAUUGCACAUGCAAGAUGUAUCGAAGCAUGGAUCCAUAUUAAAUAUGGUAUCGUCGUCCACUUGUCACCACAACAUUUGGUUAAUAACAUUAGGAACAAGUGCAAAAAAACAGGAGAGGUGCAUAAAUAUAAUGAAAUCAGAGAGUUCUUAGUGACUAAUGGUCUUGUUCUUGAGGAAACUUGCCCAUUUUCGGGGGAAAUUACUGCAAAUUGUCCCAAAAGUUGCCAAAAAAGUGCUGGCACUACAUACAAAAUCAAGAGCUUAAAGUAUAUGAAAAGCAAAGAAGUGAAUGAAGAAGAAUUGAUCAAGAUUGUCAGCAAAGGUCCUAUACUCGCUGUGGUAGAUGCUUUUGAAAGUUUUAAUGCCUACAAAGAUGGAAUCUACAAAGGUCAGAGGAAUCAGGCAGAUACAUGGUAUGGUCGCCAUGUGAUCCUUGUGAGAGGUUUUGACACAACUUUAGAUGGUGUCAACUACUGGAAAAUUCAGAACUCAUGGGGAACUGAGUGGGGACAAAACGGAAAUGGAAUGAUGAUAAGAAAGAGCAGCCAAGAAGGCAACAAACCCUCUCUCUUUCUCAAAGUUAUCCAGCUGGAGGUUAGAAGCAAAGAAGGGUGUCAAUGGAGUUUGAUCGUGUGGACCGUCGUCUCUCCUUGUUUUUGUUUACAAUGCAUGUGA